AUGAAUGUUAAUCUAAUACUGUCCAACAUCUUGGGUUCAAUCCUUUUAGGCUUGGCCAAGGCCAGGAGUAACGAAAACGAAUCUAAUCCUUCUAUAAGUGCAAAUAGUGAUGAAAGCAACGGUGAUGGCGUCAAUCCCCUUAUACCAGGAAGUGAAACCAAAUAUCCCGGGAUAGUUUCUGAGGUUAAGAGGAUUCAAGCCUUGUGUUCGGAUACUCUUGCAAAUCUUCAACUUUAUAUCACAGCAAGUGAAGAAGGGAGAAUAUCUUUGGAUGGCGAUGAGUUAGAUACUAUCAAAUAUUUUUGUAACCAACUCACUGAACUUGUGAAAAUGUGGGGUAAUUUAUCUGGUCUCUUAGAACAAAAGGAAAUAUCUUUGAAAGAAAUCAAGUCUAUAGUUAUAAAUAUUAUUUCAUUGGAAACUGAGGUCAUUAAACAUGCAGGAACGUUUAACGUAAAGAGAUAUCUUACCGAGGAGUUCCUUCAACAUAUUGAUGAGUAUAUUACUAAUCACAGGGGAAACCUUGAUUAUUUAAUAUCCAAGAUAGUUAAUUCCUCUAUCAGAGAACCUUUAUUUAUCAUUUCCCCCCAAGAUACUGGUAAUGAUGCCAAAGAAUAA